AUGGCUUAUGCUGCUCUUUCUUCACUUAUGUAUACAUUGGAUCAACUCUUCAAACCUAAUCAAUAUUUCGUUUGUCGAAGUUGUAUACAACAACAUGUUCAAUCUCUCUAUCAAAAUCUUUCUGUUCUGCAAGUUUUCCUUGACGAUACAACAAAGGAAACCAAAGAUAUUGAAACUCUUAAGUUUAUAGAAAAGAGGAUCAGAGAUGUAAUAUACAAAGCAGAAGAUAAAGUUGAUUCAAGUCUAAGAAACAUCAUUCUAGCAGAUCACACAAAGAGGAGAAAAAAGGCUUGUAGAUCCUUUUAUGAAGAAUUGUUGAAAGUGGAAGAGAAAGUUUAUUUUCUCAAAAAAGAGGUGAUGAUGAUUGAGUUUAGCAAGCAUGGAAGCAAAUCUGCAGAAUUAGCAACAACUUCUUCCUCACCAGAAAAAAGUAAAAUUGAGGAAAAUACUAUUGUUGGGAUGGAGGAUGACUUCAACACCAUACUUGAUCGCCUCACCUCCCAAACACACGAGUUGACUGUCAUACCAAUUUUUGGUAUGGGCGGUAUUGGUAAGACAACUCUUGCCAGAAAAGUUUAUGAGGAUUCAUCUAUUCGUUCUCGAUUUGAUAAACAUGCAUGGGUCACUAUCUCCCAAGAAUACAAUCAGAGACAAAUGCUUCUUGAAGUUGCAUCUUCAAUUACUGGAAGCAAGCAAGAAAUGAACGAUGAUCAACUAAUGGUGAUUGUGUAUAGAGGUCUGAAGCAUAGUAGAUUUCUAAUUGUCAUAGAUGAUAUUUGGAGUACUGAGGCUUGGGACCAAAUGAAAAGAAUAUUUCCAAAUGAUGACAACAAAAGUCGAAUUCUAUUAACCACUAGGCUCAAGUAUGUUGCUGAUUAUGUCAGUUGCCCUGAUUAUCCGCCUCAUAGUAAGUCUUUUCUAAAUCCAGAUGAUAGUUGGAAUCUAUUCACCGAAAAAUUAUUCAAAAAAGAUCUGUGUCCUUCUUUACUUGUAGAAAUAGGGAAGCAUAUUGUACAACAAUGUCAAGGAUUACCUCUCUUGAUUGUUGUCGUUGCUGGACUUCUUGGAAAAAUGGACUUAACGCAUGACAAUUGGAAGAAUGUUGAGGAAAAUCUGAACUCAUUCUUUGGUACGGUAUCCGAACGAUGCCAAUCAAUUCUUUCUUUGAGCUACAAUUACUUGCCCCAGUAUUUGAGGGCUUGUUUUCUUUAUGUUGGAGGUUUAUCUGAAGAUAUGGAGAUUGGCGUUUCCAAGUUAAUUAGGCUGUGGAUUGCUGAGCAAUUCGUUAAGGCAACAAGCAAUAAAAAUUUAGAAGUGGUGGCAGAGGAGUGUCUACAAGAGUUAGUUGAUAGAAGUCUAAUUUUGACCGGUAAACAAAGGGCUAACAGAAGGAUGAAAAGUUGCAAAAUUCACGAUCUUCUUCGCCAACUAUGCCUAAGAGAAGCUCAUACUGAAAAUGUUGUGCAUAUCAUGAAUGGGAAUGCCCCCAUGUCCUCAGAAGCCAUAGAUGAUCAACGGCGAGUGAUCUUUCCGUUGGAAAUUAAAGAGAAGCAAGUUUUUCCAACAAAGCAUAGCAGUGGUAUUACAAGUAUAACCCGCUCCUUUAUUUCAACAAAAUUCUAUUAUUUUACAAGGCAUAACAUUGGUAUCACAAGUUCCAUUGUUUCACAGCUAAAGUUGCUUAAGGUGUUGGACGUAUUAUCAGUCCGGUUAGAUUUCUCUAGUGUAAUACCUGAGCUUGUACAUUUGAGAUAUGUUGCUGCAAGAAUUGAGGGAGUUCUUUCACUUGCUAAAUUGAGAAAUCUACAGACCAUAAUUCUUGCAAGGGCUGAAGAGGCAAAGUUGAAGCAGCCAGUAGAUAUUUGGAGGAUGACAGAGAUAAGGCAUGUGGAUACUGAAUGGCCACUAUAUAUAUCAAAUCCCCUUGAAGCAGAACAACCUUUGUUUCUGAAUAACUUGCAAACACUUUAUCUCCGUAACUCUCCUUUUGUUGCGGAAAUCAUAAGAAGAACUCCCAAUCUAAAAAAGCUAAAGAUUUUAGAUGAUUCUGAGCAUCCUGACUGGCAUGCAAUUAUUGAAUCUCUAAUUCUUCUAGAGGAGCUGGAGACACUACACAUAGAGCUGGGCACACUAGACUGGAUGAUUUUCUCUGGGGAUAAUUUCCCUCCUAAUCUUAAGCAACUGAAAUUAUCAUAUACUUCUAUACCUUGGGAAGAUAUGAAAUUUCUGGCUAAUUUACCCAAUCUUGAAGUGCUCAAGGGGUAUUAUGCAUUCAAGGGAACAAAUUGGAAAGUAGAUGAAGAUGUUGUGUUUCACAAAUUAAAAUAUCUACAAAUUGUAACCGGAGAUCUGCAAAAGUGGGAAGUUGGUAGUGAUAAUUUUCCUUUGCUUGAGCAACUAAUACUGCAUCGGUUGUAUGAUCUGGAGGAGAUUCCGGAGAGUAUUGGAGAAAUAAUGACACUAAAAUUCAUCCAAAUAGAAUAUUGCGGCUCUGGUGUAGAGAAUAGUGCAAAGAAAAUUCAAGAAGAGCAACAAAGCUUGGGAGAUUAUGAGCUUCAACUUCAAAUUACUCCUAUGGUAUGUUAA